UGCAAAAUGCUGCCCGUAUUGAUCUUAGCGGUCGUUGUGAGUGCGUCUUCUGAAUACGCAGGAAGUGCUGAUAGAUUUUCAACGCACGACGGAGAGUUUAGAGCCGUACCUGAUGCGCAAGGAAAUUGCUCUUCUGAUUUCGAGAUUGUGGAGAUUGUGUUCAUAGCUCUUCCUGGAAAUGGUAGUGACGCCAUUGAGCUGAUAAUAGCUAAUAACACACCACCACAGACUAUCAGCUUGAGGGGAGCAACAAACUCUUUUGGAGAAUAUGGAUAUAAUCUGAGUCUCUCUACUGGAGUGUCAUUCACCAGUGGAGACAAUUUUACUAUCUUCCAUCCUGACCUCGAGAGCAGUCAUUUAAGACUGCUCCACCAGAUUGGAAACGAGUCUAGAAAAAUCUGUUGGAGUAAAACAGAUCAAGUAACUUGUCGAUAUGACCACGAUUAUCCAUUAUUGGCAGUAGAAACAGAUCCUGAAGGUUGUAUUGAGGGUAUAAUGAAUCCGUCUGAGCUGAGGAGAGUGUGGAAAAACAGAGAUUCCCCUGUCCUCUACAGCAGCCCAGAGAUACAUCUUGGGCUAGGCUGCUCUGGGGUCCUGUCGCAAAUUCUUGCAGGAGCGUACGCAAUUCCUGGAGAUCCAGAUGUGGAUGUAGUGGUACAAAUUGUGACUAAUUCCAGUUUCAUCCUCUGCAAUCUGUCAUCAGUAACACAUUGUGUCAAAAUGUACGACUGCACAAAUCGAUGGGUGAACGAAAACGACUCACUGAAAGUAUACCAGAGGUAUUCAACCAGCCAGAUUGGCUUUAUUCACGAUGAAGGGAUGGACAUACCACUUUUAUCACUUAACAUCAGUGGGGAAUGUAGUUCAUCAAACUUUGUGAGUAAGGAAGUGCUGAUUAAUAGGACAGAUGCACUGCGACCUUGUGUUCAACUUUCACCAGCUAUGCCUAGCAUGGCACCACCCCCAUAUUGCAGUGUCACCACAACAAUUAAAGGUGCUUCUAGCAAUGAUAACCUACUUUCUCAUACAAAUGUGCCUCCAACUAUGUGCAAUAGCAAUCAAACAGACAACAUCAGCUUAUUGGUGGGGGAAAUCAUAGGCAUUUCCUUUAUUGGCAUGGCUGGUGCACUCUUCCUAAUGAUCACGGCGAACCUCAUCUGUUGUGUGGUGUGUCUGGCCAGACGGAGGAGAAGGAAGAAGAGAGGGAGACAGAGUGCCAUUCUUGUUGAAGACACCACUAAUAUCAGAGCCUCCAACACCACACCCAUCGAUACUCCUGAUGACUCAGAGACCCUACCUAUCUCAGGUGACUCUGUUGUGGACAUUUCCACCUCGGCCAAUGAGGCAUACUUGGCCAGUGGUGAUAUCACCGUGUCUAGCAACCCAGCCUACGAACCGCUGCAGAGAGGGACUAGUGGGCCAGAGGAAUCUCUCGUGAGCUACUCAUAUAUCUAUGCAGAGGCAAUCUGACGCCAUAGUAGCUGAGCUAUAUACACUCUGUGGCAAACGUGUGUGUUCAAUGACAAUGCAUAGCUAGAUGCACAAUAAUUAUAAUCGUACAACUCCGAUUAAUUAUCACUUAGCAGGAAAUGUUUCGCAUUGCUGCACAUAACUAUUUACACAAUGCAACA